GGAUCUUCUCUACGACCUCUGAGAUUAAUUGUGAUAGUGCUUUUCAAUUAAGAACUCAUACAUCGUAUUAAUUGAACAAUUGAGAACAUUCAAGUGCAGCUUAAUAAGAAAUUCAUACAGUGAUCGGCAGAUAUACGCAUAAAGAUGUCGGAAAAGUAUAUUGAACGUGUGGAUCCAGCGAAAAGUAAAGAACCAGACGUGGACAACGACACGGAUGGUGAUUCGAACAGCACGGCUGAGGCCUCACCCACGCCCAAAGAGGAUGCACCAGCGGACUUCGAUAAGGCCAUCGAGGCGGCUGGCUUCGGGAUCUUCAAUCUUCUGCUGCUCUUCGUUUCGAUACCCGCCCAGAGUGCGGCCAUUUUCGAGUCCAGUUCCAUGUCGUUUAUCCUGCCGGUGGCCGAGUGCGAUCUCCGUCUGACUCUCGAGGACAAGGGUGUCCUGAAUGCGGUGGCCUAUGCCGGCAUGACCAUAUCGGCCAUUGCCUGGGGCUAUCUGGCCGACACCAAAGGACGUAAGAAGAUCCUCUACUGGGGCUACCUGAUCGAUGCCGUUUGUGUCUUUGGCAGUGCGCUCAGUCAGAACUUUAUGAUGCUGGUGGUCUUCAAGUUUCUCGGUGGAUUAGUGGUAAAUGGUCCCGCAGCUGUUCUGUUUACCUACCUGACGGAGAUGCAUGGACCCAAGCACAGAUCUUCAGUUCUAAUGAUUGUUGGGAUGGUUACAUCCACGGCAACCGUCUCACUGCCUCUGCUGGCCUGGGGCAUCUUUCCCAGGGACUGGGACUUUGAAAUCGUGGGUCUCACAAUUCACAGUUGGCAAAUCUUUUUGUUUGUCUUGGGCAUCCCAAGUCUUGUGAGUGGUUUGAUAUUUUGUGCCAUGCCAGAGAGUCCACGCUUUCUGAUGGCCCAAGGACGCACGGAGGAGGCUUUGCAGGCCUUCCAGCAUAUCUAUCAUGUGAAUACGCGCAAGCCCAAGGAUACCUAUCCAAUCAAGGUACUCGUGCAAGAGGCGCCCAAUCGCAAGGCCAACCAGGACGAGGUCAUCUACACCAUUGAGGAGAAAACCGGCGAGAAAGUGCCGCAGAAGCCUCAGUCGCGCACUCUGAUGGAGAGUCUCCGCGCUGGCUUUGGCCAAAUGAAGCCUCUGGCUCACAAGCCCCUGCUCAGCCUCUCCCUGCUGCUGUACAUCAUGCAAUUCAGCAUCUUCCUGGGCAUGAACACCAUCCGUUUGUGGCUGCCGCAGCUGUUUGCCUCCAUGGCGGAGUACGAGGCGGAGUUCAGUGGGGCCACUGCCAGCAUGUGCACCAUUCUCGAGUUUAGCGUCAAUAAAACAGCUGAGACUGCCUUAGAUUACGCCAAUGCCUGUUCCCAGCCAAAGGAGAUUUCCAUGGACAUGUAUAUAAACAACAUCAUUGUCUCGGCCUGCGGCUUCGUUGGUUACUUCUUUGCGGGUGGCCUUCUGAAGGCAUUAGGCCCCAAACGUCUGAUGACCUAUGGUCUGUAUCUUUCUGGAGCAUUUGGCAUGCUGCUUUACUUCUCGGUCAGCAGCAUGAUGACUCUUUUCGUCUCUGCCACAUUUCUGACCAUCACCGGCAUAGCAGUCUCCUCUCUGUUGGGUGCAGUGGUGGCCCUAUUUCCCACCCAACUCAGAACUGUUGUCGUGGCCAUAGCCAUGAUGUGCGGCCGCUUUGGUGCCUUGUCGGGUAAUCUGCUCUUUCCGGUCUUCAUUCAGAUCGGUUGUUUGCCUCCCUUUAUAAUGGUAUCAUCGGUGCUGCUGUUGGCUGGCACACUCUCCAUAUUCGUGCCCAAUCCGGCAAAGGCUGCCUUUUCUUAAGGAAUUGUGUUUAAAUUAUGGCUUAAGGACACAUCAAGUGGUUGAAGCUGCCACUGAAUUGUAACUUAAUCUUAGGAAAAUUUAGUUGUACAAAUUAGCAAUUAUUGGGGGCUUAAGACAAUGUCUGUAACUAUUUAUAUUUACCUUAGGAAAACCCAUUCAAAUAUACAUACAUAUGUAUUUAUCUGCAUA